CCUUCUCUCGUCCGUACCUCGAGCCGUGCUAUACAGCCGCACGAGCUCAUUUUGACAGCCAAUCACACACUCUGUCUCUAUAAUCGCACACUCGCAAAUCCCCCCCCUUCCAGGAUGGCUCAGUCAGACAGACCGACACCUGGCGUUCUGAGUCUGCGUCAAGCGAUCGAAGAGCGCGCACCAGACUCCAGCAAGGGCUCCUUGCUGGGCUGUUGGCUAGUGAGCGGAAGCGUGAGCGUGGCCAGAGCAAUAGCAAGCACUCAAAAGUUGGAUUUCAUCGUCAUCGAUGCAGAGCAUGCUCCAACGGACGUCAGACUGGUGGACGACUUGAUCAAGGCGAUCAGGCUCUGCUCGCUGGGACGCACUGCGGCACUGGUUCGAUUGCCAUCUCAAGCUGUAGAGUGGAUCAAAUGGGCAUUGGACGCGGGCGCAAACGGUAUCAUCGUCCCUCGCAUAGACAGCGUGCAAGAAGCUAGACAGCUCGUCUCCAACGCUCGAUAUCCGCCCAUCGGCGACAGAUCUUUCGGACCUUUUAGCGCGCCUCUGGCCAUACCUGCGGAUGCCGGAUCGACGACCAAAGGCGUCCUCGAGUAUUUCACGCAAGAAGCGCCCAACGUCGUUGUGCUGCCUCAGAUCGAAUCUAGAGGCGGUCUGGAGCACGUGGAUGAGAUCAUUGGCCUCGAGGGCAUCAGCGGCGCCUUUGUUGGUCCUGUGGACCUUCGACUCAGCAUCGGUCUGUCUCCGAUGCCCCCCGCACUGGACAAGUACGAGCCCACGUGGAGCGAAGCAAUUUCUCGCGUGAUGGAUGCCGCACGCAAGCACGGUAAAGUGGUCGGAACGGUCACCGACGGCACUCAGCAGAUGAUUGCAGAUAUUUCCAAGCUGGGAUUCAGGUUCAUCUCCACAUCUACCGAUCUUUUCGCCGUGGCUGAAUCAGUGGCUCUUUCAGCAACACAAGCCAGAGCGGCGAGCGUGUAACGCUUGCAAAAAGAAAAGUGACAUCCUAUUCAACGAUCGCAUGUGGCUCGCGCAAUGAGAGCGUAAUGUUGGAUACAUCGGGCGCAACUACGAUCUCGCCCUUUCCCAAAUCGCCUGCAGUGUCGAGCGGCCGCGUGGGAUGCAGCUGCCCAAUAUUGAAAUUUAGCAAAAUGUGCAUCAAGGCCAUCGGAAGGGCUUGAGUGGCCAAGUAGAUUCCGGGACAACCUCUGCGCCCAAAUCCGAAUGGCCACACAUCGUGCAGCAGAUCACCGACAGAUGCGGCAUUAUCCGCCUCCAACCAUCUCUCAGGCU